AUGAACGCCGCAGAAUUGGGCCGCUUGUACAAGAAGCAGAAGGGCCACAAAGCAGAUGGACGGUCGGUGAGGCGGUACAAGAAGAACGCCGUCGACGCUCUGCAGGCAGCGGCCGCGGGCUCUAUCCAGCAGGCGCCUGGAUACUGCCGUGAGCUUGUGAAGAUGAGCCCUGGCUCGGUCGCAAAUGUCGAGAGACACCCGGACGGAUCUUUCAAGCGCAUCGCCAUCGUGGUUAACCGUGCGGCCUUGGUGAUCGCCCGUGGCUUGUUCAAGUUUCUCCAGGUCGAUGGGGGUCACAUGAAGGGGACAUGGAAGGGGAUGGUGCUCGUCGCUGCCGGGAAGGACACGAACAACAACUUGGUGUUGGUCGCCUUCGUCAUCUGCGACAAGGAGAACUCCACCAACUACGAGUUCCUCUUCUCGGAGAUGAAGAAGAACGUUCACCUGAAGGCACCUCUCGAGAGCCCGCUUACCACCAUCUACUCGGACGAGAACAACGGCAUCAAGUCGGCCAUCGAGAUUGAGGCCUCUGAUAUCAUCCACCGGCUCUGCUGCAAACACCUCGCGAACAACUUCCCCGGGCCUGGUAUCGGUGAGGUACUUUACUCUAGGUCCUUUACUCUUAUCACGUGA